AUGCAUUUUCAUUGGGUGUCAGUAGUUUUUAUAUUAUUCUGUUCAAUUAAUAUUUCUUUAUCAGAAGUAGCUCAUUGGAAUUAUGCUGAUAUUGGACCAGAUGUUUGGGAAGAUUCAUAUCCAAUCUGUGCAAGAACGAUUCAAUCGCCAAUCAAUAUUUUAACAGCAUGUACUGUUUAUAAUGAAUUUCCCACUUUUCAAUUUUCACCCGAUACUAAUGUAACACAAAAUUUUACAGUUACAAAUAAUGGGCAUACGAUAACAGCUCUACAAAUCGAUUCAACUGCAUUUCCUCUAACAUUGAGUGGAGGUGGUUUAAAUGGAACAUUUCAAUUUGUUAAUCUUCAUUUUCAUUGGGGCGAAAACUACAAAUCUGGCAGUGAGCACCAAAUAAAUGGUGAAAAAUAUGGUGGUGAAAUACAUUUUGUUUAUUUAAACCCUGCAAAUAAUCUAUAUGCUGUGCUUGGCAUAUUUUUUCAGAGCAUUAAAUCAAAUUCAACUAGUUCUGAAUCAUCUGGACAUACAAGAAAAAAACGUUUAACAAAGAGAGAAAUUAACAGUACUAAUAAUGAGGCAUCAGCUCCAUGGGACAGUUAUCUUGCAACAGCUGAUGACUUAAAUCAUACAAAUGACUCAGUUGUAAUCAGUUUACAAUUAUCAACUUUAAUGAAUACGGAUUUCAGCAAGUUUUAUCGUUAUUCAGGUUCAUUAACAACACCACCAUGUUCUGAAAGUGUUAUUUGGUCUGUAUUUCAAACACCUAUCCAACUUAGAGAUGAUGAAUUAGAAAUUUUUCGAUUAAAUAUUUUUUCUGAAAAUUAUCGUAGUACACAACCAUUAAAUGGACGAACUGUGUAUCGAAGUUUUCAAAAUGAUACAUCACCAUCGGCAUAUCUGUAUACUUGUUGUACACAAACUGGCGGAAAGAAUUCUCGUGGAUCUAUACUAAUAUAUCAUUCUUAUCUUUUUUCUUUUUUCUUUUUACUUUUUUCUUAUUUCUAAUAUAGUUAACAAGACUUAAUAAUCAUAUAGUUUCAUUCAAUGUAGCUAAAUAUGUGUAUUGUAUAUCAAAUGAAUCAUAUAUUUUUUAAGUUCAAUGAUUAAUCUGACGACUUCAUAAAUCAAAAGAAAUAUACUAUCUAAAAAUUAUUUUGCACCAUACAAUGUAAUAUUUUUUCAUGCAAAUUUGUUUUCAACAAAAAUAUUCACGUGUUUUUAUCACAUAAUUGACAAGCAUGAUAAUGACUACUAUUUACCGGGUGGCCCAUAAGUAAGGAAAAGGAAAAAAAGAAAUUGAAUAUCUCUAUUAUGACUUGACCAAACGGGCUCAUUUUUAUAUCAACACUAGAGGUUUAUUCACACUCUAAAUCCAUACGAGCACGGUUAAUGAGAAUCUUUGUAAGUAUCACUAUUGACCCAAACAAAAACAUUUUACUUUUUCAUAGCUUAGAAAAGAAACAAAUAUAUUUGACAAAGGUUCACACUAACUUUGUCCAUAUAGAUUUAGAGUAUGAAUAUGCCUCUAUCUUUAGUCAAAAUAUCAACUCGUUCGCUCGAGCGAUAAUGGAGAUAUUCAAUUUCCUUUCCAGGAAGCUGACUUUUGAGCUACCCUGUACAGUGAAUUUUCCUAUUGUGAAAAGGUAAAAUUUAUUUUAUUAAGGUCACUAAUGAUACUUAACAAAGAUUCUCACCGACCUUGCUCGUAUGAAUUUAGAGUGUCAACAGACUUCUAGCCUUGGUAUAAAAAUGAGCCCGUUUGGUCGAGUCAUAAUAGAGAUAUUCAAUCUCUUUUUUUCCUUUUCCUUACUUAUGGGCCACCUGGUACUUAGUUAGUAAAAUAGAUAAAAUGGUCAGCAGUAAAAUUACCAAUAACUAAUUGUAAAAUGGUCUGUUUAUAUUAAAUAUAAGUAGUAGUACUAAAUAUAAAAUUUAUCAGCAGAAUAAUAAAUUUAAAUAAAUCAAAGAAAAGUUUAAAGAAUAAUUGAAAAAAAAAUUGAAUUAUUGUAUUAGUAAAGCAGAUUUAACUUUUGAUGAUCUACUUCUUUCUCUUUUUUCACCAAUCAAUACUGUCUUUGCUGCUGCUGGUGAUUUUCAACAUUUCAAACGAGUAACCAUAUUUACAAAGUGUUUGCAUAUAUAAUUCUUUAUUAUAUUUAUUCCAACCAGCUUGUCCAAUCUAUUGUAACUCAUGAGCUCACAUAAUAUAUUUUUUCUAAGAAUCAUUUGAAAUACAAAUGAUAUCUUUUAUUGACUUAGUUCAUUGCUACGAUAAAAUCUAUGCUUCUAAAGAUAUUGUUAGUUUUGUAGCUAAUAUUAUUGCAUUAGCUGAGAAUGGAUAUCGUUCGAUUGACUAAUUAUGAAUAAUAUUUAAAGAAAUUGUUAAAAAUCUUGAUAAAACAUGGCGUUCUUGAAACGUUUCAUCGUCUUGAAUUGCUUUAUUGGUUCUUCCAAACUACUUCUUCAUCUGAUAUAUUGCUGUCAUAUUGCGAAGCUUGUAUCAUUUCCGUAGUUAUAAAUACGUUAAAUUUUACAAACACGAAAUAUGUUAUUUUUAUUUAAAAAAUACAAAAUAUUUAUACAUGCGAAUAGAUAAAGACAAUAGCCAGAGAAGAAGCCAAGAAGCUAUUUUCCCAAGGGAGAAACUACUGAUUGAACUCAGCUGAAACUCAAAAUAAAUCACCAAAUUCAGCUAAACUCAUUUUAGAUCACCAAACUCACCCAAACUCAUUUUAAAUCAGAUAAAUCACCCAAACUCAGCUGAAACUCAAAAAUAAAUCAUUUUAAAUGAGAGGUUUGUUUUUGAGAAAGAAUCAUUUUAUUCUCAAGAUACAACCAAAAUUGAUAUUUUUUAUUUAAUUAAUGUUUAAGAUUUUACUAAUUUAUUCAACGGAAUAAAAGAAGGCAUUCUAUUAUACAGUUGUUGAAUACUCUUUUUGUAUCUUAGAACAUAGAAUAUAUUUUUUACUGUUAAAUUAAGUUAGAAAAACAAGUGAGUUGAUUAAAAGGGACAGAUUCUGCGGAUAGUUUUUCUUUCGCACUCGCCCAGAUUGAAAUGAAACAGAGAGAAAGAAAAUUAAAUAUAUGCCCUGCAUCUAACUGAAACAAAAUUAUUGAAAAUACUUUUAUUAUUCUUUAAAUCGAUUAUUUUCAUCUGAACAUUGCUUGACUCUAAGGAGGGAUGGCAUGAGGAGGCCA